GAUAAUUUAAAAAAAAAAAAAAGAAGCAAAAAGUCAAACAAGAUGAACAGAAAACAUCACCAUCAUCAUCGUUCAACUUAUAAGCCUCCAUUUCGGUUGAAAAACAGACGGGGUUCUGCUGAUUCAAAUUAUUCUCAACCAUCUUCCGAUCUGUCGCUGGACGAGGAAAAAGAAUCUCUUCGGAGAGAGAAAGAGCGUCAAGCUCUUGGCCAGCUGGAAAAGGCGAGAACAAAACCAGUGGCAUUUGCAGUACGCACGAAUGUAUCAUAUGAUGGUAGCGUCGACGAUGACUCGCCGGUACACGGCAGUGCGGUGUCGUUUGAAAUAGGAGACUUUUUACAUAUUAAGGAAAAAUAUGACAAUAAUUGGUGGAUUGGUCGUCUUGUUAAGGAGGGUUGUGAAGUUGGCUUCAUACCAAGUCCUGUGAAGCUUGAACACAUUCGUAUUCAAGCUUCUGCAGUACGAUCGUCAAAAUUAUAUGCAUCCAAAGCUUCAUCGAGUGGGAAUUUGGGUACGGCUACUGCCCCCGUUCCUGAACCAUCGAGGGGCAGUACUCCUCCAACUCCUGGCGAUGAAAGUGAUUCAAUGGGUGCAUCGCGUCAUCCAAAAACACCACUAGCAACUCCACCAACCAAAGAAAAACGAAAACCGUUCUUUAAGAAACAAGAGACAUCGUCACCAUAUGAUGUUGUUCCUUCAAUGCGUCCCGUAGUAUUAGUGGGACCAAGCUUGAAAGGAUAUGAAGUAACUGAUAUGAUGCAAAAAGCUUUAUUUGAUUUUCUCAAACAUCGGUUUGAGUCAAGGAUAAUUAUAACUCGUGUUCAAGCAGAUAUAUCAUUAGCUAAACGAUCCCUGAUGAAUAAUCCUUCAAAGCGAGCAAUCAUGGAGCGAUCUAACAGUCGCUCCACGUGUCUGGCUGAAGUGCAGGCUGAGAUCGAAAGAAUAUUUGAAUUGGCACGGACACUUCAGUUAGUAGUUUUAGACUGUGAUACUAUCAACCAUCCGUCACAGUUGGCAAAGACAUCAUUAGCACCAACUAUAGUUUAUUUGAAAAUAGCUAGCAGUAAAGUUUUGCAGAGAUUAAUCAAAUCACGCGGUAAAGCUCAAGCAAAAAAUUUAUCAGUACAGAUGGUUGCGGCUGAGAAACUUAGUCAGUGUCCACCGGAAAUGUUUGAUGUAAUUUUAGAUGAAAAUCAGUUGGAAGAAGCUUGUAAUCAUUUAGCAGAAUAUUUAGAGGCUUACUGGAGAGCAACACACCCGCCAGUGAGAUCAACACCAAUGCAAAGACCAUUGCCACAAGAAGUUUCGACACCGGUUGAUCGAAUGGGAACAACACCUCCUGCAAUGUAUGGUUUUGAUGAUUUCAAUACCUCAUAUCUAUAAAUCGUUAGAAAAUUAUGAUAAAUUAUAC